AUGUUGCGUCCAACAGUGUUUAACAGAUCUGCAAUCCUCUGCAGAGGUAGCAUCAUAAAGAAACGAAAUUAUGUGAUCCAACAAACAAUUAAAGGCAUCAAAGGCAAGAUCGAUGAAGUUGGAGAUGAAGAGUCACAAGCAUCCAAAAAGACCAUAUCGAUUCUUCGAAAAAUUGGUGUUGGUUCUAUAGUAGUGGUGUUAUGUCUGCUUGGAUACGCUGCUUUAAACGAAAAACCGAAAAUAGAAGAAAAAGAAGAAGAACUUGAUUUAUCCAAGGAUAUCCGUUCAGAGUCUACCAACUAG